GCAUGCUGACACGGAUACCCGAAGCGGUAUUGUUUAAAGAUGGUGUGGUUCACGUUUGUGUAUGAUUUUUUCAGUGUUUUUCGAGUAUUUUCGUUACGUUUCCUUCUAUCGUUCGUACGCGACGCUAUAUAGGAAGAGACCAAAGUUUAGUGGGUAUUGUUCCCUCGCGAUAUCUGUAAACACAGCCAGCAAAUCUGGAUGAGACCAGGGAGAGGAUGAUCGCCGCCUCAGAACCGGUGGAAUAUAAGCCAGGUGGUCGGGAGAUAAUCUUAAAGCAUCCUGGAUCCCUGAUCAGUCAGCAGUCUAAUACUCGAACGGUUGGUGGAGAAAAUGUUCUAUUAAAAAGAUUUAGCGAAGUAAAUAUAUCAGAAAAGUCUCCUAAAGAGACAUGGUUGGUACGCAGUAAUAAAAUAUGCGGGGAAGAAGAAUUAUAUUAUUCGGGCAAAGUAGCAGUUCAUUGUAAAGGCAAUCAAACUACUCGAGUGCUCAAAGCAACCUAUACAUGUGAAACUGAUAUUAAGCAUGCACUUUGGUGUACCUUUCACACUAGUACCCCAGAUCACUUGACCAAAAGUAAAGAAUCUGAAGCUAAUGAUUCGAUUGAUAAAUCUAUAGAAUGUAUUUGCUUGCUUGACUCCUAUACUCUCAAGGUUUUUACAGAAAAUGGCGAAGAUUACGUUUCUGCUUUACAAUUUCAGGUCUCAGCCGUAUGGCCGACAAAAUAUGGGAUUAUACUUGAAAAAUCUCAAGUGCCAAUUAUGGAUUCGAGAUAUGUAUCAUUUGAAAGCAGCAGAUUACCAACACAACAUGAUAAUAAUUUACCAGUGGCCUUUUCAUUAAUGCAUCCGUUAGAUGAAAUUUGUCCUCUACUUAUUAAACAUGGGUCUGUGUCGUACAUGAACGAUUCAAAUCAGCAGAUUAUAUUUACUAACUCAGAGCCAUCCUUUGCUAUGAUAUACGAUACAAAGACAGGUUUACAUUCGGUUUACAAAAUUCGCAAAGCGUCAGCCGAAGAAUGCCAAAUAGUUUGUGGAAGUAACGACACGAUGAGUUUAUUCAAUCAUUCAAUGAUGUCACCAUUAAAUGUUGGCAGCAAUUUAUCUGCUAAUAAAAGUUUCACCAAUAAGGGUCCUCUAAGUCCCUUUCUUUUUGGCGUGUCAAGUUUACAAAUAAAUAACUCUGGUUUAGGAUUGCCUAAUACUCCAUUUGGAUCGCGUACUACCUCUUAUAGUACUAAUUCAGGUGGACCGUCACCUCAACAACAGCAUUCACGUUCACAAAGCUCGAUGGCUACCAUUUCUCGUUGUCAAUCACCUACGCAAUCGGUAGCUAUGUCCCCUCUGCUUGGACCACCUGUAAACUCAAAUAUUUACCAUAGCAGAUUACAUCAAACUGUCAUGAUAACUGGCUCAAAUCAAACAUAUAGUCCAGCUCCCAGUUACAAUAGCAUCCGAUUAAAAGAUAUUCCAACUGCAAGCAAACCUUUGUAUCCUGAGAUCUGUCUUGAACAUGUAUGGACAGAGAAUGUUGGUGUAUCCAAAGAUACUUGUGGUCGUGCAUCUAAGGUGUUUUUAACAUCGGAUCUUGUUGGACAGAAUUACUUGGGCUAUUUAAUUCCGAAUCGUUCGCAACUGUCUUUAAUGAGAUUAGAAAAGACUAACAAACAACAACAGAUUAUUUUCGGAAUGGUAACGAACAUCGUGGCUAAAGAUGCUAUUAAUUUAUCGAAUUUGCACAUGAUAGCAAUUGUAGAUAUGUCAAACGGUAUAACGUUAUAUACAGGAGUUACAUGCGUGGGUAAAUUGCAUAUAUCCGGCAUGCUUUCAAAUUUUACGGGCAGUAAUUAUUUUUUAUCAAAUAGUAAUCCUAAGCUCGGAUCUCCAUUUCCGAGACGGAGUUCUUUGAUUUCUCAGAGUUGUACAGCCUCGCACGAAAUUAAAUUUGAAGAAGCUUUACACUUAUUGAGUCCUGUAGGUGGUAAUUGUGCUCGUCCGCCAAUACUUUUGGAAAAUUCAUUACUAGACACGAGUUUUCUCGCUUUGAAAGAAACUGUAGGUAAUGAGAUAACCGUAGAGUGCGGAAACAAGCAAUAUUUUCGUGUAGCAAUACCUGUUGCCAGUACAUCGCCUUUAGUUACUAAAUGUUUACAUAUACUACGAAAUGUUCUCCAAAGAGAUUUAGCGAUGCAAUUGUUGGUUAAAUGGUAUGGUGCUAGAAAUGCCCCAGGCCCACAAGACUUUUCACCGGCGCAAGAGUGGGAUCUCUUUCUUAUAGUUCUGUUUACAUUAUUGGGAUAUGAUGUGGAAAAACUGGAUGUGAUACGAAAUAACGAAAAAGAUCAAUGUACAGAAUUACCCAGUUUACAGAUGAUGUUACCCAAAAAGCAGAAAACUAGCAAUUGUGGAUCGACUGGUGAUUGGGUGUAUAUGUUAAAUGCAAACGAAUAUGAAAAUUCUCGAACUUUUAUGUCGAAUGUAUUAAAGGGUCAGAUAGUACCCUGUUUUAUUACGUCUCUUAAUGCUAUAGAAUCAAGUAACGUUGGCAAAAUAAAUGUACAAGCUAUCUUAUUUCCACAUUUUCCACUUAUUUUAUUUUCUCUUCAUUUAUUAUACGAAGAAUUAAAAUUAAACAGCAUUAUAUCGGAAAAUUUGCCAUUGCUUGGACAGCUAUUGUAUCAAUUAAGCAUAGAUUUGAAAUUUGAAAUGUAUGCUCAUCAUUACUAUCUUGAUUCACCUUCGUUGGCUUCUCUAAAAAACAUGAAAUCUCAAAUUAAUGACUCAGAUUUACAGAAAAUAACAAUUCCAAGUUACAUACCUCGAAAACCACCAAAUAUAUUUGAAACGUUAAACAGUAUGUUAAGUGGAAUGGACAUGAUUGCAUUUCCGUAUUUAAGUUACGUUAAUCCAAGAACAAGAAAUAUAAUAUAUCUAACAGCUCUUAUAGCAAAUGAAAAUCGUAUUGAUAUAUUAGAAAUGGAGAAAUAUAUCAAAAUAAUUGUACCUGCUGGAAAUCGUAUCGAUUUUCAAGAAAUCGGAAGCAAAUUUGACAAAGAGAUACUGAAGAAAUUGGAGAAACCAACAACGGACAGAAUAAUAUUAUUAUAUCACGAAAUGGAUAUGAGAAAAGAAGAUCUCGAAACAUUGCCACCUGCGGUAUCUUUGAUGAUAAAAGAUGUUAUGCAUAGAUGUAGAGAAAGUCCACCGUCGAAUUGGCCUAUGCACGCAUACGAACUCAUAGAUCGCCAAGAUCUAGCCGUGUUAGAUAAACAUUUAAAACCAUCUUCGAGAUUGCAGUAUGUUGAUAGUGAACCGAGAGAUUACGGAAUAAAGGAUGAACAAGAUGAUGGCAUGGAAUUUGAUGAUAUGAUAUUGAAACUACGAUUUAGUAAAGAUCAUAGAAUUGCUGAGGUACGAAGGUUACUUAAUUCCUCGAAACCAAUGAGGAUAGCAAUAGUUCAAAGAUCAAAUGUAAGCGAUCACGAAUUCAUAGAAGAGCAGGAAAGACACUUGCUCACAUUAUGCACGAGAACAAUGGCAUUACCUGUAGCUAGAGGCAUGUUUACAUUGAGAACUUCCACCCCGAUGAUAACAGAACAAUUACCUAUUCCACGAUUAUGUUUAACCGGCAAGGCACCACCCCGUGGAACUACUGUCGAGUUAACUCACAUAGAUGUUCCUCCAAAUAUGAACCUGUGGCCGCUUUUUCAUAAUGGAGUAGCUGCAGGCCUAUGCAUUCAUCCGGAUGCUGCGAAUAUCGACUCGACAUGGAUAGUGUAUAAUAAACAGCAACAGGGUGAAUACGGUGUAGAACAUUCGGGAUUUUUGAUGGCUCUUGGUUUAAACGGACAUCUGAAAAACUUAGCUCCCUUAAGUACAUAUGAAUAUCUAGCCGAUUGUCAUGAAGCUACUAGUGUUGGACUUUUACUGGGCUUAUCGGCAACACAUCGUGGCACGAUGAAUGUAUCUAUGACUAAAUUGUUAUCAUUGCACGUGGAAACACUUUUACCACCGACGAGUAUCGAAUUAAAUGUACAACAAAAUGUCCAAGUAGCGGCGUUAAUGGGAGUUGGCCUUGUGUAUCAAGGAACUGCACAUAGACAUAUCUCGCAUGCUUUAUUAUCUGAAAUUGGUAGGCCGCCAGGACCUGAAAUGAAGAAUUGUGUAGAUCGCGAAUCGUAUUCCUUGGCAGCAGGAUUAGCAUUAGGUCUAGUCAUACUUGGCUCUGGUGGUGGAACGGAUGUACCUGCGAGUAUACCUGACACUUUACAUUAUUAUAUGGUUGGUGGACACAUAAGACCAUUUUCUGGGGCACAAAAAGAUAAAUACAAGUCUCCUAGUUAUCAGAUACGUGAAGGUGAUUCGAUAAAUAUCGACGUAACAAGCCCGGGAGCAACGAUAGCUUUAGGAUUAAUGUAUUUCAAUACCAGAAAUCGUGCGGUAGCAGAAUGGAUGCAACCACCUGAUACACAAUAUUUAUUGGAAUUUGUAAGGCCAGAUUUUCUGCUAUUAAGAGUGCUCGCCAAGUCAUUGAUUUUGUGGGAUGAUAUCGAGCCAACCAAGACAUGGGUUUCUAGUCAUGUGCCGAAUAUCGUUUAUAAAUAUAGAUUGCAGAAACCUACGCCGGAAGUUACGCAAAAUGUGGAUUUGGAAACUAUCAAUCAGGCCUACUGCAACAUUAUAGCUGGUGCUUGCAUGGCACUAGGAUUGAGGUAUGCAGGCACUGCUAAUAAGAACGCUUUCAAGACUUUGUAUAAUUACGCUCAGAUGUUUACGGCAUUGUCACACAAAACUAUAGCCGAAUUGGCUGGCAAAUCCACCGUUGAAACGUGUCUAAACGUUGUUCUACUUUCAACUGCAGUGGUGAUGGCGGGUACUGGUAAUUUAGAUAUUAUGAGGAUAUGCAGACACAUACGCACUCGCGUAGGACUCACCAGCGGUGUAGUCACAUAUGGAUCUCAUUUGGCAACCCACAUGGCUCUCGGUCUCCUUUUUUUGGGUGGUGGAAGAUAUACACUUUCUAACAGCCCGAAUUCAGUGGCGGCUCUGAUAAUUUCGCUUUUCCCAAAGUUUCCAACCCAUAGCAAUGACAAUAGGUAUCAUUUACAAGCUUUACGUCAUUUAUACGUAUUAGCAGCUGAACCACGUAUUAUCUUACCAAGAGACAUAGAUACUGGUCAGUAUUGUUACGCGACAAUAUAUUUAACGUUCGAAACUGACAAAGAAGCUGAAGGACAAGAGAUCAGUUUACAAGCGCCCUGUUUAUUACCACAGUUAUGUAGCUUGAAGAAGAUAGAAUUAAAAGAUUCGAGAUAUUGGAAAAUUACAUUUUUGAAACAUCACAACUGGCAGCAAUUAGAAAACAUGCUGGAAAGACAUGAUUUCUUAAGCAUCAAGCAGAGAGCUGGUUGUUUAUCGUACUUAGAAGAUCCUCAUGGUUUCAGAAGCUUAGUGGCCCAAACUCUAACGACGGAAAAUGCAAUCGCAUGGGCUGCGCGACCAGAAUAUGUUACAUCAUUUACAAAUGAUAAAACUGUAUUGAAUGUAGUGACGUCUUUUUUGCAAUGGUCAAAAAAAGGAAUGAUUCGUCCAGAAAGUAUUAAGUAUUUGUCGCAAAAUGAUGUACAAUACAAAAUGCCAGAAUUUGAACAGUAUUUCCUUCACAUGUUUGCAAUAAUUGUGUACGAAUGCAUUACAAAAGAUAAAGUAAGUCUUAUACCGUUAUGGUUGCAUAUAAUUAAAAGUAUAAAAAUCAUUGAGGAACAACCAAAUAGCUUUGCGAUAUGGCAAAUAAAGCUUCUUUUGUCACAAAUGUCGAGGAAAAGCAACUUCACGGAUGAUGGAAAUCCAUUACUCAGCAUAGAAAGUAUGCUCGCAAUUAAACAGAAAACGUCGAUUAUUCUGGAUAAAUGGGAGCACGAUAUAAAAUCUGUGUUUAAAGAAUAUCUUACAACUGGAAAAGUACAAUUCUCUGAUACUACAUCUCUAGCUAAAAUGUGUGCAUAUUUUAUAUUCUAUGGUAUACCAUAUCCAAUCGAUAAAUCAAUCUUGAAUUCAAUCACGAUGGCGCAGAGUUCUUCUAGCAUACCGAAUAUUACACUGUAUAAAUUGCACAAAAUUUUACAAACAAGUUGAAGGUGUACCAGUUAUCAUAUGUAUCAAAUUGUCGAUCCUUUCUCCAACAAAAGAAUAAGAAUAUAAGCAUCCA